AUGCGUCUUUGGGGCGUUAUGGGAUUGAUUUUGGGUGGCUCAGUUGAGGCAAGCCUGAAUCGCAAAACAAGGCCGAACAUUAUUUACAUGCUGAUGGAUGAUAUGGGAUGGGGCGACUUGGGUGUGAACGGCAAUUUGCACCGGGAAACACCCAAUAUCGACGAAUUGGCUAGAUCUGGUGUCGUUUUUACCGACUUCUAUUCAGCUGCGCCACUAUGUUCUCCAAGCCGAGCAUCCCUACUCACAGGUCGACUACCUGUCCGAAACGGUUUCUACACUGACAAUGCCAAGAUGCGAAACGGAUACACUCCCCAGAACAUCGUCGGCGGCAUUGCCGAUGAAGAAAUCUUACUUUCCGAGCUUUUGCAGAAAAGUGGCUACCGAACUGGACUCGUUGGAAAGUGGCAUUUGGGGCACCGAGAACAGUAUCUCCCACUAAAGCACGGAUUUGACUACUGGUUCGGAGCUCCUAAUUGUCAUUUCGGACCGUAUGAUGACAAGCACACGCCAAAUAUUCCGGUUUUUGAGAAUGAAGAUAUGAUCGGCAGAUAUUAUGAGGAAAUUCCAAUUGACAGAAAUCGCGGACGAUCUAAUUUCACCAAUAAUCUGAGGGACAAAGCAUUCGAAUUUAUUCAAAAAUCAGUCGAUGACCAGCAACCAUUCUUCCUUUUCUUCACGCCAGAUUCCUCGCAUGCCCCGGUUUAUUCCUCUCUAGCUUUUGCCGGACAAUCGCGUCGUGGAAAAAUAGGCGAAGCUAUCAUGGAGCUAGACUGGACUGUUGGAAAUAUAAUGGAGCUCGUCAAAUCUCUCGGGAUCAUCGAAGAAACCAUCAUUGUCUUUUCAAGCGACAAUGGUGGCGCAUGUGUAGGGCCUGUCGAACAAUGUGGCUCGAACGGACCUCUUCUCUGUUGCAAACAAACAACUUUUGAUGGAGGAAUGAGGGUUCCCGGAAUUCUUUCAUGGCCUGGCACCGUGGAGCCAAAUCAAGUUAACAAUGAUGUCUCCGGAUUGAUGGACUUGUUUACUACUGGACUUCAUCUUGCUGGAGUUCCUGUUCCCGAAGAUAGAAUCAUAGAUGGCAAAAAUUUGUUGGAUCUAGUCAAGCUCAAAAAUCACCGAAAACCUAGAGAUUCAACAACAGGGACUCACUUCUUUUACCGAGGAGACACUCUCGGGGCAGUUCGCCAUGGAGACUACAAAAUGCAUGUUUACACAUGGUCAGGCGCAACGACAAGUUCACAAUGGCACUUUUGUCGUGGCCAAAAUGUGCCGAAUGUGACAACAGAAGCUCAAACCGACCAUUCUAUGGCUCCCGUUAUUUAUAAUAUCGGACAGGAUCCUAGUGAGAAGCUGCCUCUCCCUGUUAAAUCCGCUGAGUACCAACAACAACGACCGAUUAUAGAAAAGAUUAUUGCCGAACAUCAAAAAUCUCUUGUUCUUGGAAAGCCACAACUCAACUACUGCGACGAUUCUGUCAUGCACUGGGCGCCUCCUGGCUGCGAAAAGCUCGGCAAAUGCCUACCCAUUCCUCCAAGUAAUUACGCAAAAUGCUACUGGGAUCAUUAG